AUGAUUCAAAAACAAAAUAUCAAAGUGACUAGAUUAGUAGUAAUGGUCAUGGAUCUUGAUGAAUAUGCUGGUGAUAGAAUAUGUCGGCUGAUAGAAGAAAAGAAAAAAAUUUCAAAAGAUAUUUGA